AUGGGUAAAAAGUCGAAGUCUUCCAAAACAGAGGAGAAGGCUAAGCCUUCGGGCUUUCCCUUCGGCGGCGCCUCUCUGGACCCAACAUUGUCCUCCCUGUUCGCCUCAAGUGCUGGUCCUGUGCAAGCCCCCACAAUCAAGUACGUCGAGCCCAUCAGGAAGGCCAAGAAGGAGGAAGAUGUCCCAGAGAAGGAUGACGAGGAGUUGUCCUCAGGCGAUGAAGUGAUGAGCGAUGCCGCAGACGAGAGUGCUGCAGAGGACUCGGAAGAGGAUGCUGAGACUACCGAAACACAAAACCGCAAGCGUAAGCGCAGCGGCGCUGGCGAGGACGUUGAGGAGACAUACAUGCGUCGCAUUGCAAAGGAAGAGAAGAGGGACGAAGAAAAGCGAAAGUCCGAGCAUGCAAAGCGACAAAAGCAAAUCGAAGGAAGCAGUGAUGAAGAGGAGGAAGAGGAGGAGAAAGAAGGCGAGGAUGAGGAAGAGGGCUCCGACAACGAAUCCGGUUCUGAAGAUAGCGACGAGGAAGAGAGCGCUCCCGCUCCAGUACACGAGAGUGUGGCCGGUACCACCACCACCGACGAAGUCGAAAAGUCCAACCGCACUGUUUUCCUGGGCAACGUCUCUACGGAAGCAAUCCGCUCCAAGACCGCCAAAAAGACUCUGAUGCGCCAUCUGGCUUCCUUCUGUUCAUCACUCCCCGAGUCUACCGGACCCCACAAGGUUGAAUCCAUCCGUUUCCGCUCUGUUGCUUUCGCCAGUGGUGGUGGUAUUCCCAAACGCGCCUCUUUCGCGAAGCGCGAGAUUCUCGACGAUACCACGCCCAGCACUAAUGCCUAUGCCGUGUACUCCUCUCUGCAGGCCGCACGCAAGGCCCCCGCUGCGUUGAAUGGAUCCAUUGUUCUGGACCGUCACUUGCGAGUGGAUAGCCUUGCUCACCCUGCUGAGAUUGACCACAAGCGGUGUGUCUUUGUUGGUAACUUGUCUUUCAUCGAUAAUGAGACACCCGAAGAGGAUGAGAAGACCGGCAAGAAGAAGAAGGCCCGCGCUCCUGCCGAUAUCGAGGAAGGUCUGUGGCGCAUUUUCAACGCCCACACUGGUGGCAAGGACAAGAAGGCCAUCAAGAAGAACGUCGAGUUUGUUCGUGUUAUCCGUGACAGCACCACUCGUGUUGGUAAGGGAUUCGCUUACGUCCAGUUCUACGAUGGCAACGGCGUUGAAGAGUCGCUCCCUCUGAACGGCAAGAACUUCCCGCCCAUGCUUCCUCGCAAGCUGCGUGUCACCCGUGCUCGCAAGGUGGCCAAGAAGCCCACUUCUUCUGGCCCUGAUGCCAAGAAGUCCCGCGUGGACGAAGCCCAAAAGACCAUGCAAGGCCGUGCCAAUCGCCUGCUGGGCCGGGCUGGUGCCGCCAAGGUCAAGGCUGAUGCCAACAGCACUAUCGCCGGUAACUCCUUUGUGUUCGAGGGUCACCGCGCCACGGAAGGAUCAUCAUCAAUCAAAAUGAAGCAAAAGAGUCGUGGCCAGAAGGCCAAGCGCACUUCCAGGAGCGCGAAGCGUGCGGCAGCAUACAAGGCUGCCGGUGGCCGACGUGAUUAG